AUGCAUAGCGCGUGUACACGUCGCUGCGAAGCGGCGGACGCGCUCUUUCGUUGGCCACGGCGCCAGCGUCGUCGAAAACAUUUUGGGGAGCGGUCGCGCGGCCGGAAUUAUAAAAAUUGGCUCCAGCAAAACAAACAGCUAUACCAGAAACAGCUUAUACCAGAAACAGCUUUUGCUCCUUCAGUUUUAACGGAAGCUCCAGCACCUGAUGACCACCAAGAGAACGUCCCAGCUCUCGAUUAUCCUCGAGCACAAACUCCAGAAUGCGGAAAUACAACACCUACUUUUUUAUCAGAAGCCUCAACACCUGAUCUUGACCAAGAAAAUGUACCACCUAUUGAUAAUCAACAACGGAAGACUCCAGAAUCUAGUGAUAGAUCACCAUCAAUUUUGACACAGAUACCAAUAUCUGAUGUUCUGCGAGGAAAUAUUUCACCUGUUGAUUGUCUUCGAUCAACGACUUCAGAACAAGCUUAUCAAUCACCAGCUAUAGCAUCAACUUCAACAGGGCAAAUCUCAAGAGUGCCAACCAUGAAACGCAGCUAUUAUCAAAAAAGAUAUGAAUUUUAUGAUCUCCUGCCUACGCCUGCUAAAGAUCAAACAAAAACACCGACUCUCAGGCAAAAAGCCAUUAAUUAUAGAGGCACUUCCGUCACAAAAGAUCUGUUUGAUAAAUAUCAUGAAGAGAAAAAAAAUCGUAAGGUAAUGAAAGAUAACAAAAAAAAGGAAACCAAGCAAGAUGAGAAACUAAAUGAAGGAAAGAAAGAUAGAACAGAAAAAAAGAAAUCUAAAAAGACUUCAAAUCCAAAGAAAGCUAAAACAGUAUCGGCAAAAAAGUCUACCACCAUCAAAGGUACUUCACAAAAGCAAGUGAGCUGGUACUGUCAUGCCUGCGAAGAAGACAGAAUGGAUGAUGCAAUGAGACAAUGCUCGCAAUGCUUCAAGUGGUAUCAUGAACAGUGUGUCGGUUUGUCGAUGGAAGAUACUGAUGACUUUCAGUGUCCUGGUGGAUGCGAAUAG